AUGGCUAACAAAGAUCAAGAAAUCCUUGAUCUUGACCUUGCUAGAGUUUCAGAAUUGCGUCUUUCCACAGAAACAUCGGACAUAAAAGACUAUAGUAAGAGGUUCAAUGAGUCGCUGAAGCUUUUCCUUCAAGAAGAAGAUGAUGUGAAGUAUAUCAGUGAUAUCAAUCUUGGAGACUACGAAAAUUUCAACCCAGGACCGAGAAGUGAUGACAGUAAAGAAACUGAAGAAUUAAAGAAAGAUGAAGAUGUGAGAAAGCGGUUCUUAGGGAAGGUGACGGAGGCCUUUGGAAACUCAUCUGAUGAUGAAGGUGAUGAAUAUACUGCUAAUACUGAAGACAUUUCCACCAAUGUUGAAAGAUUGGAACAAGAUUUACGGGGAAUGAUAGCUGCAAGUAUUGUUGAAGCAUUCAAGAAGGAAGAAGCUGGUGAGGAUUUUGAACAAAAGAUGCAAACACUGAUGCGUGAAUGUAAAGAAAGAUUCAAGAAUGAUAGAGAUGAUGGAAAGAAGAGUUUGAUGGAGUACAUAGAAGAGUGUGACAUCGAAGUAUCUGAUAAAGAAUUCAGGGUUCUGAGUGUGAUAAAGGCUCAUGCUUUUAAAGUUGGGAUUAAUCUGUCUCGACUGCUUGUUGAUUUAGUGUUUAUGAUGUCAGGGAAAGAAGAAUUUGAAGCAAAGAUUGAAAGGUUCAACUCUGCACUCGAAUGGAUCUGUACUGAAGAUGCGAAUUCCAUUGUGAUUAAGAACAUUGUCAUUCUGCUGGAUCUGGCCAAAACGAAUGUACCAAUGAAAGGAAAGUGGGCUGGUUUGGAACAAACAGAAAUAGAUGACCUAUUUGAUCAACUCCUCAAGAAAGUUCUGCAUCUGCUCCUUGAUCAAUUCCUAGAGCUAGCUCUGCAUUUGGAAUGUAUUAUGAGUCAUCCACAUCUUCCCAAAGAACUAAAUGUGGCUCAGUCAGCCCUUGAAUGUGGUCUCGAGCAAUCUAAGAAGAAGCUGAAUGAUAUAUGGAAGGAUAUUAAUAAAUUGAAGGUAAUUUCUUCAUUCAAACUAGAGCAUACAGAUGUGAAGGAAACUCGGGAUGUAAUGGAGUGUAUGAUAGUUGAAUUAUGGAAUUAAUCAGAAUCUUCGUACAAGCUCGAGUUAAAGGUUUGAGGCUCAAUUUCCUUGUUCUUGUAGUGUCCAAAGCUCUCAUGCAAAGGUUAGGAAGGUGAAAAGGUUAAACAUAGAUUCAUUGAUUAGAUUUAAACUUCUGUUUUGUCGCCUGAUUUGAUAUUGUGUGAUUUGGUUAGUUCUGUUGGUACUAGUACAAACUGCUUGUUAGUUGUUUGGGGCAGAGAUUUGAACUCCAAAUUGU